AUGAGAGAGUUUUUACUCAACCAAGUACGUGAAGUCUUAGGAUUUGGAAGAUUGUGUUGUUCCAAGUGUAUUUUUCAAGGUGAAAAAGAAACAUUACAAUGCUAUGACUUGGAUCCACCUCAAAUAGUAAAUGAGAUAACAAAAAUAAGUAAUAGAAACGGUGUUAUUGGUCUGGAUUGUAAUCAGAAAGAGCAUGAGGAAGAUUUGGCUCGCGAUGCAGCAAGAAAAGUUUUUGGAGCAACUUUAGAGAAGCCUUUAGUUAACUCAGAAAGGGAGCAAGUAAGUUCUCAGGAUAAAAUUGAUAUUUCAGGGUUGGAUUUAAAAAAGGAUCAAGCACAGAGAGCCAUCAAGUUUGAAGAUUGUAAUUAA